AUGUAUGCAUUUUUGUUCCUUUUAUAUCACGGACUUCCUGAUGGUUAUGCGCUAAAUCAGAAAUCAUUCCAGUUUGCAACUGCUCUUGUUAAACAUUUAACAGGAGAGAUUCAAAGGGUACAGCAAAAGAAGCAAGAAAAGGAGAAAAGGAUCACUAGAAAAAGACAAACUGCUAGAAAUGCGAAGAAUUUGCCAUUUUUGGAAAUAACAGAAAACACGCCAAAAGACAUUACUGAUAUAAUGGGACUACCACCAUUAAAGUUUGAUAAGCGGUACAAGAACCCUUGUUUCAAAGGUGGUAAAUCAAACACAUCGAACCCAAUGUUUAAAGAUGGAGAACUACACUGUCUUCCUUACUUUUAUAUAUUAGGUGUUAAAAAAAGUGGCACGUCUGACCUAUAUACUAGACUUAUGGCACACAGAGAGUUCCAGGUACCGAGAUACAAAGAAAGUCAAUGGUUUCCUAGGAUACGAUUUGGCGGAAGUAACAAAAAAGUGCGAACAACUGUCGACAACCGUAGUGUAAAGUUCUACAUCUCAAUGUUUGACAAAGCUGUUGAAAGAAUACAGAAAUGUCCAUCAAAACAUAAUGGAAAUAGAAACAAAAAUCCUUGUAUCACAGUUUUAUUUUGUCUGUCAGCUGAUGCUACACCAGCGAAUUUUCACAUGCACACCGGUUGGGACUUGUUGCCAGGCAACGAGGGGUUGACAGAACCGCGUUAUACCAAUUUUCACUAUAUUAAACAUCUAACUCCAGAUGCGAAAAUAAUUGUUAUAUUCAGAGAUCCUGUCACAAGACUUUUCUCUGAUUUUAUACAUGAGACACGAGACCGUGAUUUAUAUACAAAUCUACAACUUCAAAAAAAGUUCGAUUCUCAAUCUAGAACUAUAAUCAAAGCAUACAAAACAUGUUUCAAAAUGUUUACAAUGAGAAGAUGUAUUUAUAAUCAGACCAUUUUAAGCCACAUACCAAAGAAUGAGAGGUCAAUGCUCGGGAAAAGUUUCUCGGCUGGGUUUUACGCUUUCUUUAUGAAGGAGAUAUUUUCUGUCUUCCGUAGAAAUCAAGUAAUGACAGUUAACAUGAACGCUUACAUCACUUACAAAGAGAGAACCCUACAACAAAUAUUCAAGUUUCUUAAAAUGAGUCCUUUAUCCUCAAUUGAUAUGACAAACAUUGCUGCCAUACAACCAGUGCAUCAAUCCAGCCGAGACAUCACAAUGUUGAAAACAACAAAAGAUAUGCUGUACCGGUUUUAUAAACCGUAUAAUAAACAAUUAGCGACGCUUCUACAAGAUAAUUCUUAUCUAUUUAAACAACCUUCAUCUUAAAUAACCUUCAUCUUAAUCAGUCAUUAUGAGCAGCAGCUUCGACAGUGUAUCAUUGUUGUUGUUGUCAUUAACAUCAUUAUUGUUAUCACCAACAUUAUCAUCACAAUUUAUAGCUUCAUCAUCAACAACAACAUAAGAACAAUUCUUGCGUUGUUUAUGCUAAAACUUUAUUAAAUACAGGCGAUGAUUAUGUAUACUUUUCGGUUGUACGAAUGCAUACGCAUGUUCUUUCAUAACUUUUUUAAUAUUUCAUUUCUGUAAAGAUCUAGUGAGGAGCCAAUACAUGGAACCCAAGUGAAUGUCUUAUGUUUUAUAAUACGCGGUUUCACUUCCUGCAAAAAUACCGACCAAGAAAAACAAAUAUGAUUGUGUAAUAUUUCUGUGUUUGGCAAUAAAGCCUUUCAUGAAUACAAAAUUGAGACAAUCUGAUUUAAUAUGAACAGAAUAAUUCCAACUUUUAGUUAAAUUGAAUGGUCUGUGGCUCUUCAACAGGUACUCGUAAGUGAAAUGAUGCACGAAAGAUAAUGCAUCUAUUCAGUAAAGUUGGAAAAUCGUCAUAUGAUUUUCAUUAUGUCGCUGUGACUUAGAAUCCAUCAAAGACAGAUAUGACUUCUAGCCUAUAAGCUAGUAAUUGUUGACCUAAGCCAGUGACCUCGUUUUAAAAACAAGACGGUGUAGGUAACGUUAUUGUGUAAUCGUAAUCGAUUGCAGUUAAUUAUAAUUUGUCCAUGUAAUCGAAUGUAUUCAAUGACUUUUGAAACGUCGAUUACAAUCAAUAAUAAUUGUAAGCAUUUCAUGCGCGAAAAAUGAUGUAAUCGUCAUUACUUUUGCAUAAAAAACUUCAAUUAUGGAACUGUCGUGGUUGUGCAAC